UCUCAUCAGCUUCUGGUGACCAUUUUCUCACUAUCCUGAUGGUCGCUGGUUGAUGCUGUAUAGUGGUCUUACGCACAAGUGUGAGGUUGAUAAAGCUGCAAUCCGAUCUGUUGAUCGAGUGCUUUGGAGCUGAAAACAUCUGCAACGUUAGCAUAUUAUAAGCAGCUCCAGAACCCUGUUCUCACUUGCAUUGCACUUGACAAACUAAAUGUAAAGGGAGUUGAGGAGAGAGUGAUCUGAUUAAAGUCUCCAUAAUUAAAGUAUCUCAUGAACAAUCGAAAAAAAAUUGCUGUUAGUGUAAAAGCCCCUUAUACAUGACAGAGAUCUGAGCAAAUAGACAAGUUGCAAAUUCCAGCAAAAAGUAUAUUGACUGACAAAUAGAACAUCUGUACAACUGCUAAUAAGAUGCACCCUUAAAAUAUCUUGAACUGAUAAAUUCCCAAAAAAAUUAGUUCAGCAGAAAUUUCAGAAUGGGGUAAAUGCAAGAGUCUUCCCACGAAUUUUGGAAAGUUUGCAGGCUACUUUCCGCCUAGUUAAUUUUUGUGGUUCCUGCCCCCAUUCAGUGCUAAAGAGGAAGCAAAUGUGGUGCAGGCUCAGGUAGUUAAAUACCAGCGAUCUGGCUACUGCUGUCUACACCUACAGUGACCGAGAAAAGAGCAGCAAGGCCACAUUCAAAUCUGAGUACUUCUGAAAGCAAAAGGACACUAUGAAUGUUACAGAGCUCUGGGUCAAUUCCUCAGACACGAGCACAUGGGGCUAUGAAGACUAUUACAAUUUUUCUGAGGAUUUUGGGGUGUGCAAAUAUGAAAGACACAGUGCGCUGUUCCUGCCUGUCCUGUACUCCCUCUGCUUUGUCAUCGGCCUCAUCGGCAACGGCCUCGUCUUCUGGGUCAUACUGGCUCGUCUGCAGCUGCGGAGCAUGAGGGAUGUCUCCCUCCUGAACCUGGCCAUCGCUGACCUGCUACUGCUCUGCGCCCUCCCCUUCCUGGCCCACUACUCCAGAGCGGACUGGGUCUUCGGUGAAGCCAUGUGCAAAAUCAUCCUUGGCACCUACUACAUUGGUUUCUACAGCGGAAUCUUCUUGGUCACAUUGAUGAGCAUCGAUUGGUACCUGGCAAUCGUCCACGCUGUCUAUGCCUUGAAAGCCAGGACGCGCACCUAUGGACUUAUUGCCAGUGCUGUGGUCUGGCUUAUUGGGAUUUUGGCCUCUUUCCCGGAGAUUUCUUACAUUUCUGUUCAUUUCCACGAUGACUCCAUACUGUGCUCCGUUGAUUCCAAAAUGAAAAUGUCCUUAAGAAAAUUUGGUCUAUUGAAAAUGAAUAUCUUUGGCCUUUUGAUUCCAUUAAGCGUUAUGGUGUUCUGCUACUCAAUGAUCAUCAGGAGGCUGCUCCGCAGCGAGUCAACAAAAAGAAAGACAAUCCACCUUGUGCUGUCAGUGGUUGUGGUCUUUUUCUGCUGUUGGGUUCCAUACAAUGUUGCCUCAUUCUUCAAGGCACUUGAACUUUUCGAAGUCUACACUGCAUGUCAUUCCAGCAAGGCUAUCCGACUGAGUCUGCAAAUCACAGAAGCUCUCGCUUAUUCUCAUACCUGUUGGAACCCCGUCCUUUUGUUGAUUUUGUGGGGCAGGAGUUCAAAGCACACCGCACUGUACCAUAGUAGUCACAGAGCAGUUAGUUAACCUAAGAUUUUAUGAGUAUGAACUGUGUUGUUCAAACAUGAAAGAAAAAAAAAAGUCUUUCAUUAAACUUUACAGAUACUAUAUAUGUAUAUUACACACA